AUGGUGGCUGGAUUCGAUGAUUUUUCUGAACGUUUCCGACAUUUUCAGGAUCUGGCUUCCGUGAAAAUUUAUUCUCCCUGGUGUCCUGAUCUUUUCCUUUGGAUCAAGUUUGCUGAAUCCUUAACCUGUUUGCGUUCACAUCCAAAACUUCCCCUCGAACAACUCACCGGCUUCUUCCGUCUUGACAUUACUGAAGUCCAUGAUGAAACAGUUGAUCCUCUGAUCAUCAAUAAAAGAGCUGUUAUCAGAGGGUUCUUGGAUCAUUUCGGCGGGUUUCUGGAUUUCACAAUCAAAUUUUUGAAAACUUUGGAUGAAUACCGUAGUGAUAAUCCAACGGCAUCAUCUGUGAUUAGCCAAGCGGAUUUGGUUGAUUUUUUCUUCUGUUCCAGCAUUGUUAAAAAUGUCUCCAGCUGCAAUGUUGGAGAGAAUUUUCUUCAUAUGGAAUUGAAGGAGAUGGUAAUCUAUCUCAUCAAUACCCCAGUCGACUUCAUCGAACAGGAUGAACGAAAAUGGGAUGUUGCGGAGAUGAAAGAAAUGAUUGCUGAGGCAGCAACUAUCCAGCCUUCUGAAUAUGGAGAAAGUAAGGUGCUGAAUUUAGCAAGGAAGAUAUGGCUGCGGAAAGUUGGGAUUCUCCUCAAGGGACAGCUGCAUUUAUCUAGUGAGGAAAUCUUGAAUCAUCGCACAAGAGAUACCCGAAUCGACCGCCUUUUUGUUUGUUUUAAUGAGCUGGAAACUUAUUACGAGAAACUUGAAGAAGACAAGGUAAAGAUGUCGAUUUCUUUACUACUUUCCUUGGUGACACUUUUGAAGGCUAAACUAGCUUUGAGGAGACUAUUAGAUCUUAAUGAUCAUGUUAUGAUUGCCUGUUUUGAAAAUGAACUUGAACUCCUUCUUGGAGAUGUCAAAUUGUUCAUAUCAGUUCUCAUAAAUGUUAAGCUUCAGAGGACAGCUGAGAAAGAAACGACGUUUGAGCGAAUCAAAUCUUUUUCCAAGAGGAUAAUAUCUCUCCGUUACUCAUUGUAUUUUGGGAGAAAUGACAAUUGA